AACAUUUGGACCACCAUGUCGGAGAAAAAAUGGCAACUAUAGACGCUUCAAAAGUUGAACCCAAGCAAAAGGCUAUGUAAUGUAAUGGAUACGAUAGCAAGUCGUCGGGUGAAUGAGUUCCCCGGAAGGAAGAGGCAGCAGAAAGAAGCGAGGCCCUGCAGGGUCCCCGCCCGACGGAGGGGACAUCUGCGUCCAGGUGUCACUACAUAAACGAAAUGUGUACUACUUCUUCUACCCACUGCUGGCGUUGUUUGCAGUGCUCCGUGUCCUAGUCUUGAAUUUUGGCGUACUCUUCGCCUGGCUGUGCGAGCGGAUGUCUCGCGCUAUGGUUGCGAGACCCAAACAACGGGCAGCAGACGAACAUGCGAACAAGGUGUGCAAGCAGGACAGCGGCGAGCAGAUUCGAAACAGCCACAAACAAGCAUUCGAGUACAUCUCAGUGGCUCUGAGAAUUGACGAGGAUGACAAAGUGCACAAGGAACAGGCAGUCCAGUGGUACAAACGCGGAAUCGCAGAGCUCGAGAGGGGCAUCGCGAUCAAGGUAGCUGAAAACGGCGAGAAAUAUGAACGUGAUAAACGUCUACAGGCCAAGAUGAUCACCAAUCUGAUUAUGGCAAAGGAUCGCCUGGAGCUUUUAGCAAAGCUGUGUUCAGGGCCAGCUCAGAGAGACAUCUAUACAGAGAGCUCAAACCAGUCGUACCAUAACGGGCAUCUACGUUCAGUAAGUGGAGCUGUACCCAAAAAGAGGGACUACCUGACUACUCACUCCAGUCACUCCCUCCCACGACCAAAGCAUACGGCAAAAAAAACCUUGGCGGCAGGCCACGGGGGCCACCAGCACUCCCCCAGCUUCAGUGGGCCCUCCAGCAGUCUCACACAGCACAGACCGGCCCCCCAGUCCAACAGCAACAAGGGUAAAGUGGGCUGUAAACCCACCACCACCACUCCCACAUCUAUGUCCCCACUGAAGAACAGGGACAUGAAGAACUUGAAGAAUGUGGACAGCAAGCUUGCCAACCUCAUCCUCAGCGAGAUCAUAGACAGUGGCUCAUCAGUGAGGUUUGAGGACAUUGCUGGCCAGGAGCUGGCUAAGCAGGCCCUACAGGAAAUAGUCAUCCUGCCUGCACUGAGGCCAGAGUUGUUUACAGGCUUGAGGGCUCCAGCACGAGGCCUUCUGCUCUUCGGUCCUCCUGGCAACGGAAAGACGAUGCUGGCUAAAGCAGUGGCCAUGGAGUCCAACGCCACAUUCUUCAACAUAAGUGCAGCCAGCUUGACCUCGAAAUAUGUGGGGGAGGGAGAGAAGCUGGUGCGAGCUCUGUUUGCCGUCGCCAGAGAACUGCAACCCUCGAUCAUCUUCAUAGAUGAGAUUGACAGUCUACUCUGUGAGAGGAGAGAGGGAGAGCAUGAUGCCAGCAGACGACUCAAGACUGAGUUCUUGAUUGAAUUUGAUGGGGUGCAGUCUGGUGGGGAUGAGCGGGUGUUGGUGAUGGGAGCCACCAACAGACCUCAGGAGCUGGACGAAGCUGUUCUUAGGCGAUUUGCAAAACGGGUGUAUGUGGCUUUACCAACAGAAGAGACACGGCUAAAACUGGUCAAGAACCUUUUGGAGAAGCACGGAAAUCCUCUCGCACAGAAAGAACUGUCACAGCUAGCCAGAAUGACAGAAGGCUAUUCUGGCAGUGACCUGACCUCGCUGGCCAAAGAUGCGUCCCUCGGUCCCAUCAGAGAGUUGCGUCCAGAACAAGUCAGGAACAUGGCCGCAAACGAGGUGAGGAAUAUCAGGUUCUCUGAUUUUGUGGAGUCACUGAAGAAGAUCAAGAGGAGUGUCGGACCACAAACGCUGGACCUGUAUGUGCGCUGGAACAAGGACUAUGGGGACACCACUGGUGUAUGAGACGAGAGGGGACACCGUCUCUGUCCUAACCCUGAACCGCCAUUGAGGCAGUGGAUUGAAAAGUGUUUUGAACAGAGGUGUUUUUGUUAUUGUUUUACUUUUAACUCUAAGGACUGUUCAAAUAAACUAUUUAUUGUGUGUUAUGAUACAGCUGUUGUCUUCCAAACUAUUAUAGUCACAGUGAUUUUAUAAAUAAAUAUGUAUAAAUAUCCUUAAAUUUGAAAUUAUUAAUUAAACGGUACAUUGAGACAAGGCACAUGUACAGUGCAUUUAGAAAGUAUUCAGACCCCUUUUUCCACAUUUUAUGUUACUGCCUUAUUUAAAAAAAAAUGUAAUUCCCUUAUCAGUCUAAACACAAUACCCCAUUAUGACAAAGUGUAAACAGGUGUUUAGAAAUGUUUGCAAAUUUAUAAAAAAUAAAGUAAAAAUAUAACAUAAGUAUUCAGACCCUUUACUCAGUACUUUUUUGAAGCACCUUUGGCAGCGAUUACAGCCUUGUGUCUUUGUUAUGACGCUACAAGCUUAGCACACCUGAGUCGUUGUCUUGUUGGAAGGUGAACCAUCGCCCCAGUCUGCCAGGUUUCCUCUAGACGUGACGCUUGGCAUUCAUGCCAAACAGUUCAAUCUUGGUUUCAUCAGACCAGAGCAUCUUGUUUCUUAUGAGAGUCCUUUAGGUGCCUUUUGGCAAACUCCAAGUGGGCAGUCAUGUGCCUUUUUACUGAGGAGUGGCUGCAGUCUGGCCACUACCGUAAAGACCUGAUUGGUGGAGUGCUGCAGAGAGGGUUUUCCUUCUGGAAGGUUCUCCAGUCUCCACAGAGGAACUCUGGAGCUUUUUCAGAGUGACCAUCAGGUUCUUGGUCACCUCCCUGACCAAGGCCCUUCUCCCAUGAUUUGCUCAGUUUGAGCUGCCAGCCAGCUCUAGGAAGAGUCUUGGUGGUUCCAAACUUCUUCCAUUUAAGAAUGAUGGAGGCCACUGUGUUCUUGGGGUCCUUCAAUGCUGCAGACAUUUAUUUGGUACCCUUCCCCAGAUCUGUGCCUCAACACAAUCCUGUCUUGGCGCUCUACAAACAAUUCCUUUGACCUCAUGGCUUGGUUUUUGCUCUGACAUGCAAUGUUAACUGUGUGACCUUAUAUACAGUAGACAGGUGUGUUCUUUCCCAAAUCAUAAUUUCGAAUGAAUUGAAUUUACCACAGGUGGACUCCAAUCAAGUUGUAGAAACAUCUCAAGGGUGAUCAAUGGAAACAGGACGCACCUGAGCUCAAUGUCGAAUCUCAAAGGGUCUGAAUACUUAUGUAAGUAAGGUAUUUCUGUAUUUAUUUAUUUUUAAUCUGUUUUCACUUUGUCAUAGGGUAUUGUGUGUAGAUUGAAGAAAAAAUAAUAUUUUAUCAAUUUUAGAAUGAGGCUGUAAUUGAACAAAAUGUGAGAAAAGUCAAGGGAUCUGAAUACUUUUGAAUGCACUGUACAUAAGUAUCCCAUUGUACAUAAUGUUUGUGUGUAACAUCCCUCCAACAAGAGAGGCCUUAGUCGUGUGCAUGGUAGCAUAGAUCUGUGCCUUUGUUUUUUGUUUUUCACAACAAAAUGGUGCUUCUUCACUUUUCUCUAGCGACAGCAGUACUUGUAAAAAAUAAAAAAGAUACGUUUUGAAACUGCAGUUAAAGUGCAGUAACUGCAGUCGACGGGUAUUGGUUUGACAUGAAUAUAGAACAAUGUCUGUGAAAACAGCUCAUUGUGGUGUUGUUUUUAAACUUGAUCCAAACUUCCAAUAUAGCAUAAGCAUUCUGAAUUAAUCCCCAAUGCAGUUUAACUUCAUCUGCAACUGAUUUAAAAGGGGUCUUGUGUUUCCUUUGGGUAAACCAGCAUAACCUGUUUUGAAUAUUAUCCCACUGGACCACACUGGUUGAAUCAGAAUUGUUUCCACGUCAUUUAUAUGAAAUGACAUUGAAACAGCGUGUAAUAGACAUUGAAUUGACGUCUGUGCCCAAUUGGAUACGUUUACGAUGUCAAACAUAAAUCAGGGCUUUUGUAAUGCAUUUGUGUAAAAUAUGAAAAUAAAAUUAAAAUGACUUAUUGUGUCAUAUGUUGCAA